AUGGCGGCCAUGCCGUUCGUCAGUGAGGGAAAAUGCGUUAGUGUGGAGUGGGACUUCCUGCAAGGACUCCUCGCCAAACCGCCCACCCUGCCCUGUUUACAAAACCUGCGGAAGGAGAAGUCCCGAAAUGCGGCUCGCUCUCGUCGUGGUAAAGAAAACUUUGAGUUUUUCGAGCUGGCCAAAAUGCUGCCUCUCCCCGGCGCCAUCACCAGCCAGCUAGACAAGGCCUCAGUCAUCCGCCUGACAAUCAGCUACCUGCACAUGAGGCAUUUUGCCAGUCAGGGUGACCCGCCCUGGAGCCCCCUGCUGGAGGGGGACAAUAACUGCAACAAGGUGCGAAGAAGCAGUCACUCACUGGCCACUGAUAUAUUCGAGCAGCACCUGGGAGCACAUCUGUUACAGUCUCUGGAUGGGUUUGUCUUUGUGGUCAGUCAAGAAGGCCGUUUCCUCUACAUUUCUGAGACGGUGUCGAUUUACUUGGGCCUCUCACAGGUGGAAUUAACUGGCAGUAGUGUAUUUGACUACAUCCAUCCUGCAGACCAUGUGGAGAUGGCAGAGCGACUGGGAAUUAAGCCACACCUCCGCACAGAGGCGGGCUGUCAGACUGCCCAGGAAAGUGCUUCAAGUUCUGCUUCCACAUCCUCAUUGGCUGGCACACCGGAACCAGCCCCCUCCAGUCCACUGUCAUCCGGAGAUGAACAAGCAGAGCGAGGUUUCUUUGUCCGGAUGAAAUCCACCCUUACUAAGCGUGGCCUACAUGUCAAAUCCUCUGGUUAUAAGGUGAUCCACGUUACUGGCCGGAUUCGCUGUCGGCCAGCUCUGGUCCCAGGCUCUUCACGCUCACUCCACCGGCCAAUGGGAUUGGUCGCUCUUGCUCACACACUCCCGCCCUCCACUCUUAAUGAGGUGCGCAUGGAGAGUCACAUGUUCGUGUUUCGGGUCAACAUGGAUCUUCAGAUCACCUACUGUGAGAACAGGAUCUCAGAAUAUAUGGAUCUCAGCCCAGCUGAGGUGGUGGGACACACCUGCUAUCACUUCAUCCAUGUGGAAGAUCUAGACACCAUCAGGCAAAGCCACGAAGACUUGCUGAGAAAGGGUCAGGUUGUGACUGGUUACUACCGCUGGUUGCAGAGGAGAGGCGGGUAUUUGUGGGUUCAGUCAUGUGCCACUGUGUCCAUCAACCACAAAGCACCCCAUGAACGCAACGUCAUCUGGGUCAACUACAUACUCAGUCGGACAGAAACGCCUGACAUGCCACUGGAUUUACUACAACUCCCAGAAACCCUGAAAGCUGAGCGUCUUCGGGCAAGCACUUCCACUCGUGAUAUCUCUCCAAAGGCACAGGGCCCAAACGGUGCCCAGCCAGUGAAGAGUGGAGUUGGAAGAAAUGAGUCUGAGCGCAAAGGGAGAGACUCAUACACUCACCCUACUGUUAACCAAUCAGAUAACAGGAGAAAGAGGCCUCAUCAUUCCAGCCCUGAAAACACACCUCCACAAACAAGGAGACGACUCGAGGUGUUCCGACAUGGAGAGGACAGCCUGUCGGGCUCCUCGGACUCAGCCAGUGACAGUGAAGUUGAAGAAGAGGAAGAGGAGGACAAGGAAGAUGAUUGGGAGCACAAUGGCAACAGCAAGAGGCUGAAGACUGAUGCGGGAGCCUCUAAGAAGAACAGUGAGGUGGGGAAAAUCCGUAAUGGUCGUGCUGUAAUCCAACAGCUGAAGAGCGUGGUGACCAGUACUGCCAGCUCUAAUGUUAAAACUGAGCAGGAGAUGUUGAGCACUGGAGUUUGUUCAGUCACUGGAGGGCGAUGGAGCAACACCCAGCCCACCAGGGGUAUAAAUGGCAGCAGCCCUCCAUCCCAAGAAUCCGAAUCAGUCACUACAGAAGCUCCAGCUAAGGGUCUUUUCAGCCCUCCCUCACCCAUCUCAGCUUCGCCCCUGCCCAGGGAAGAUCGUUCCCUCCAUGGAGGCCGCACACCUGAUUAUGAGCUUCUUCAGAGAUUAGCUGCAGGUGGAGCAGCCGGGCGUGUACUGUUCCACCCUCUCGCUCUUGGCCCUCCAGGGCCUCAGAGCCUUUACGCUCCGAGCACCAUCCGCUACGCCCCUGCAGAGCUGCCCACUGCUCAUACUGAGGGGCCACGCCUGGACCACGCACCCAAAUCACCCACUUUCUUUCCACACCUGCAGAGAAUCACUGCUCUACCACCCUUCAGUGGCUUCUCUCCUUCAGAGCCUCCCUUCGCGCCAUCCCUUCCCUUCUGCAUGAACGGAUUGAGAGGAGCAGCAGGGACAGAUGAAGACUGAGAAAACAGAGACUGUAAAUAAGAGAGAGAGGAAAGAGAUAGGUAGCACAACACUGGAAAAAAAAUACUGAAGGAAAUGAGAGGGAAGGGAUGCAGGCUUGUCAUACAGUCUUCCCAGCAUCCUUUCCAGGUAGCUCAUGCAUUUGCACAGGUCUUCCUCUCUCUGGAUAUGCAGGAAAAGCCAUAUUGUACAAAUGGAGAUCAUCAUCCAUGGACAGACAUGUUCAUCGAAAACACCAGAAGGGAAUAUUUACAUUUAAUUAAAGAAAGGAACCUUUGAGUGCAAAGGCAUAUCAGGACAUUUGCUAAACAAGAAAAAAAAAUCCUAGGCUGAAAUAAGAAAGCACAGUCCCUUCCUGGAGUAAUCAUGACUAAACCUCUUUUACAGAUUUAAACACUAGUAUUUUUUUUCUACAAAAACAUGCAGUAUUAAUCUCUUAUUCUCAUAAGCAUACAAGAAAUGAAUAACUUCAAACAGUGCAAGCAUAUUUAAAAUAUUUGAUAUUUAAAGACUGCAUACAUGC